AUGGAGCUUAUAAACGGUAGCUGGUUCCAGCCACCCACUCUCCUUCUAACAGGCAUCCCUGGACUGGAAGCUGUACAAAUAUGGAUCUCUGCCCCGCUGUGUGUCAUGUACCUAAUUGCCCUCCUAGGGAACAGCACCAUCCUCUUCAUUAUCAAAACCACCCCCAGCCUUCAUAAGCCUCAGUACAUCUUCCUGUCUAUGCUGGCAGCCACAGACGUGGGUUUGUCUUUAUCAACUCUGCCUACAGUGCUCAAUGUCUUCCUCCUGAAUCACAAAGAGAUUGAGUUCCACUCUUGCCUGACACAGAUGUUCUUUAUCCAUACCUUCUCCUCCAUGGAGUCAGCCAUCCUGCUGGCCAUGGCCUUUGAUCAAUUUAUAGCUAUUCGCAAUCCACUUCAUUACACUGUAGUCUUAACCCCUCCUCGGAUUACUGGGAUGGGUCUUGCAGCCAUGGUUAGGGGUGUGGUGUUGAUAGUACCUUUACCAAUUCUGCUCGAGCGAUUGCCCUUCUGCAAGGAUGUCAUUCUCUCGCAUUGUUACUGCUACCACCCUGAUGUUAUGAAACUGGCUUGUGGCCCUAUCAGAGUCAACAUCAUCUAUGGGUUGUCCCUUGUCCUCUGCUCCUUUGGAGUUGACUCUAUGUUCAUUGUGAUUUCAUACAUCCUAAUUUUGAAAACAGUGCUGGGUAUUGCCUCUGAAGAUGGUAAGCUCAAGGCACUUAACACUUGUGUUUCCCACAUUUUCACUGUCUGUAUCUUUUAUGUGCCACUCAUUGUGCUGGCUCUAAUUCAUAGGUUUGGUACAUUCACAUCGCCUCUUCUCCACGUCACCAUGGCCAACCUCUUCCUCUUCUUGACCCCUGUCCUUAAUCCUUUGGUUUAUAGCCUAAAAACCAAACAGAUAAGGUCCACAGUGCACAAGGUAUUAAAGAUCAGGAAAAACUUGCUCAAGUAG